AGCCGGAGUGGUCAUUGCAGUUGCAUGUAUGCAGUUCUCUUUUUAACGAUAGAUGCUGGUGAUACAUAACAAACGGAUGUAGCGGAAAAAAAGAAACACGGUUUCAAACUGCUAGCUACCAGGCAGCCAACAGCAACCCCAGCAUGCUAUUCUACCCAGUCUCGGAGAGUGUCUUAUUUAUGAAGUGUGCUGUCUACUUAACGUUAUUCGGCGCUGCCAAGGCGAUAUCUGUUUUAAAUCUGAGCGGUCGGAGUUUUUUUUAAUGAGGCAUUAGGACUUUACUCGCGAUAAUCAUUGUAGAUUAAAAGGGCUUGCAGUGAGAAGGAAUGGCGACUAAUCAAAAUGACUGCUGUGUCCAGGUAUGUUUGAGGAUCCGGCCUCAGAUGGCCAAGGAGAAGAUCGAAGGAUGUCACAUCUGUACUCUGGUGACCCCAGGGGAGCCCCAAGUGCUGCUGGGAAAGGACAAGGCUUUCACCUACGACUUUGUGUUUGACCGGGACUCCCAGCAGCACGAGAUCUACAGUGCCUGUGUGGAGAAGCUCAUUGAGGGCUGCUUGGAGGGCUACAACGCCACCGUGUUCGCUUACGGGCAGACCGGGUCUGGGAAGACGUACACAAUGGGGACGGGCUUUGACAUGAACAUCAGCGUGGAGGAGCAGGGCAUCAUCCCGCGGGCCGUCAAGCACCUGUUCCAGGGGAUCGAGCACCGCAAGAGGGAGGCGCAGCAGCGUGGGGAGCAGGCACCCGAGUUCAAAGUCAGCGCGCAAUUCUUAGAGCUCUACAAUGAGGAGAUCCUGGACCUGUUUGACAGUGCGCGGGACCCAGAUGCCCGUCACAGGAAGUCCAACAUUAAAAUCCACGAGGACAGCAGCGGAGGAAUCUACACCAGCGGGGUGACGUCACGCUUGGUUCAGUCCGAGGACGAGCUGAUUCAGUGUCUGAAGCUAGGUGCUCUGUCCCGCACCACGGCCAGCACGCAGAUGAACGCUCAGAGCUCCCGCUCGCACGCCAUCUUCACAAUCCAGCUGUGCCAGAUGAGAGUCUGCAAACGGCCGGAGCUGGCCGAUGGCGGGAUGAAUGGCAUUCCGAACGGCCCGCUCACCCAGCCCGUGAGUGAAUACGAGACUCUCACCGCAAAGUUUCACUUCGUGGACCUGGCAGGAUCGGAGCGCUUAAAAAGAACCGGGGCUACAGGAGAGCGGGCCAAGGAGGGCAUCUCUAUCAACUGCGGGCUGCUUGCCCUGGGGAAUGUCAUCAGUGCGCUGGGGGAUCAGAGUAAGAAGAGCUGCCACGUGCCUUACAGGGACUCCAAACUGACGCGACUGCUGCAGGACUCGCUGGGUGGCAACAGUCGGACGAUGAUGAUCGCGUGUGUGAGCCCGUCGGACCGGGACUUCAUGGAGACCCUGAAUGCGCUGAAUUACGCCAACCGUGCGCGCAACAUCAAGAACAAGGUGGUAGUGAACCAGGACAAGACAAGCCAGCAGAUCAGUGCUCUGCGGGCCGAGAUCGCACGGCUACAGAUGGAGCUCAUGGAGUACAAGGCGGGGAAGCGUGUGGUCGGGGAGGACGGUUCAGAGGGUUUUAGCGACCUGUUCCAGGAGAACUCGAUGCUGCAGAAGGAAUGCGACACCCUGAGGAUGAGGGUCAAGGCCAUGCAGGAGACCAUCGACGCGCUCAACAACCGCAUCACACAGCUGCUGUCCAACGAGAUCUGUCAGGUCCUAGCCAAAGCCGGAGAUGGCAAUGAAGAAAUUGGCGCGUUAAUCCAGAACUACAUCAGAGAAAUCGAGGCGCUCAGGAGCAAGCUGCUGGAGAGUGAGGCGAUGAACGAGUCUCUGCGGCGCAGCGUCUCCCGUCUGUCCUCUCGCUCGCCCUACGCAGCCGGACUGGCCCCCACAGGAACCCCGGGCAGCCCCGCCGUCUCCAUGGAGACACAGGUCUCUGAUGUCAUCAGGAGGGCAAAGCAAGACAUCGAGAAGCUGAAGAAGAAAGAAAAGAAGCAGCGAAGGAAAAGUCCGGAGAAGGAGGGAUUCAAGAAGAGAGCUAAACUCCAGCAUGAGAACGGGGAGGCAGAGUCCGAUGAAGCGGAGGAGGAGGAAGAGCAGGAGGAGAGUGGCUGUGAGGAGGAGGAAGAGGAGGAUGGGGAGGGGAGAGAGGAGGAGGAGUACGAGAGUGAGGAGAGCCUGCAGGAUUCCGACUCCGACUCCGAAGAGAAAGAGAAUUACCAGGCAGACCUGGCCGAGCUGACAUGCGAGAUCGAGAUCAAGCAGAAGCUGAUUGACGAGCUGGAGAACAGCCAGAAGAGGCUCCACACGCUGAAGCUGCAGUACGAGCAGAAACUCAUCAUGCUGCAAAAUAAGAUCCGAGACACCCAGCUGGAGAGGGACCGGGUGCUGCACAACCUCAUGUCUAUGGAGAACUACACAGAGGAGAAGGCCAAUAAGAUCAAGUCGGACUACGAGAAGCGACUAAAGGAGAUGAACCGUGACCUGACGAAGCUGCAGGCGGCACAGAAGGAGCAUGCGCGGCUCCUCAAGAACCAGACCCGCUACGAGAGGGAGCUCAAGAAGCUGCAGGGAGAAGUGGCUGAGAUGAAGAAAGCCAAGGUUGCUUUGAUGAAGCAGAUGAAGGAGGAGCAGCAGAGGAGGCGGCUGAUUGAGGCCAAGCGAAAUCGCGAGAUCGCCCAGCUGAAGAAGGAGCAGCGCAGGCAGGAGUAUCAAAUUCGAACUCUGGAGUCACAAAAGAGGCAACAAGAAAUAGUUCUGAAAAGGAAAACUCAGGAGGUCUCCGCUCUGCGCCGGCUCACCAAGCCCAUGUCGGACCGGGUUGCAGGGCGGGUCAGUCGGCGCCUCAACACCCUGGACUCGGGUGCGGAGAUGUCUGCCAGCACCACCUCCUCAGAGCCCGAAUCUGCACGCUCGGUCUCCAACAUCGUGCGGCAGUGGAACAAGAAGAUCAACAGAUACCUGGAGGAGCCCGAGCCAGCGGUCAAUGGAGCAGUUAAUGGGGCCCGCACCCCCAGGAAGAAGUUCCAGAGGAAGGGGGUGGGCGGCAGCUUCACCAAGGUGGCUCGGCAGAAGUGGCAGGCUCUGGAGCGCCGGAUCAUGGACAUUGUCAUGCAGAGAAUGACCAUAACUAACAUGGAGGCAGACAUGGACCGGCUCAUCAAGAAACGGGAGGAGCUGGCGGUGCAGCAGGAGGCGCUGCUGAGGAAGCGGGAGAAAUUUCUGAAUGACCCGCUGGAGGACGAGAAGCCCCUGCAGGAGAUGAACGAGGAGAUCGAGGUCCUGAACGCCAACAUCGACUACAUCAACGACAGCCUCUCUGACUGCCAGGCCACCAUCAUGCAGAUUGAGGAGACCAAGGACGAGCUGGAUUCUGUGGACACCUCGGUGGUCAUCAGCUCCUGCUCCCUGGCAGAAGCGCGCCACCUGCUGGAUCACUUCCUCAAGGCAUCAAUUGAAAAGGGUCUGCAGGUGGCCCAGAAGGAAACUCAGAUCAGACUGCUGGAGGGUCGGCUCAGACAGACGGACAUGACCGGCUCUGCACAGAACCACAUGAUCCUGGAUGCGCUGCGGGAGAAGGCAGAGUGCAUGCCGGAGCUGCAAGCACUCAUCCACAACGUGCAGCAAGAAAACGGAUACGCCAGCACAGACGAGGAGGUGUCUGAGUUCAGCCAAGCUUCCGAGGGGAGUUUCUCACAGUCCUUCACCUUGAAGGUGUCUGCAAGCCAAGAUGAUUUUAAGCGGAAGACUGAGCCCAAGCUGUCUGUCCAGAUGAAAGCUGUCUCUGCAGAGUACCUGGGCCCGCCUCUGGACGUGUCCUCCAAGAACAUGGCCAGGUCCCUGGCAUCUCUCAGCGAGAUCCGAGAGAACAGAGUCAGCUUCUCCAUCAGGGACUCGUACAGCAGAGACAAGGUGUCCCACACCAUCAGCCUCCCCACCAGGGGGAACACCUUUCCUAGGCAGUCAAGGGGACCUGAGAGUUCACCACUAAACAGAAGAAAGUCCUAUGACCGGGGACAGCCCUACAGGUCUCCAGAAGGGGGGUACACCCCUCCGUCCUCCCCCCCUCUGAGACCCCGCAAUGACAGGAAUGUCUUCUCCCGUCUCACUAGUAUCCAGAGCCAGGGUUCUGCGCUGGACAAGUCUGACGACAGUGACUCCUCUCUCUCGGAGGUGCUGAGGGGUGUCAUUAAUCCCAUUGGGGGUAUCAAGGGCGCCAGGACAGCCCCUCUGCAGUGUGUAUCAGUGGCAGAGGGGCACUCCAAACCAGUGCUGUGUCUGGACGCCACCGAUGAGCUACUCUUCACCGGAUCCAAAGAUCGGACCUGUAAGAUGUGGAACCUGGUGACAGGACAGGAGAUCAUCACUCUGAGAGGCCACCCCAACAACGUGGUCUCAGUGAAGUACUGCAGCAGCGCCUGCCUGGUCUUCACCGUCUCCACCUCGUACGUCAAAGUGUGGGACAUCCGGGACACCUCCAAGUGUGUGCGCACACUCACGUCGUCCGGUCAGGUCAUUUCGGGUGACGCCUGUGCCAGCAACACCACUCGAACCGUCACCACUGCGCAGGGCGAGUUCCAGAUCAACCAGAUCGCUCUCAACCCCUCCGGAUCCAUGCUCUAUGCUGCUGCGGGGAACACUGUCCGCACCUGGGACCUCAACAGGAUGCAGGCGAUGGGGAAGCUGACCGGGCACAUUGGCUCUGUGAUGUGCCUGACUGUGGGCCAGACAGCUGGAAACCAUGACCAGGUCAUCACCGGAUCCAAGGACCACUAUGUCAAGAUGUUUGAUAACGCUGAGGGGACAGUGGGGAACGUGGGUCCAACUCACAACUUCGAGCCCCCCCACUACGAUGGCAUUGAGUGCCUGGCGAUCCAGGGGGACAUCCUGUUCAGCGGGUCCAGGGACAACGGGAUUAAGAAAUGGGAUCUGGAGCAGCAGGAGCUCCUACAGCAAAUCCCAAACGCUCACAAGGACUGGGUGAGUGCCCUGGCGUACGUGCCCGGCCGGCCCAUGCUGCUCAGUGGCUGCCGAGGAGGCAUGCUCAAGGUGUGGAACGUGGACAACUUCACCCACAUCGGAGAGAUCAAAGGGCAUGACAGCCCCAUCAAUGCCAUCUGUACCAAUUCCAAGCAGAUCUUCACUGCGUCCAGUGAUCUGAGCGUGAAGAUCUGGCAUGCGAGAAUCGGGAAGGUUAGCUGAUUUGCUGCCGUGGUGGAGGAGAGCAGGACUCGCCGGGACACAGACUCUCCGUGCAGCUCCAGCCGGGUGCAGUAUCCACCUCAUCUUGCUUCCCACAGCAACACUUUGAUCAAUCAACUACUUGAAACUGAACAUUGCUGCUUUUGAUGUUGCAAGGCCCAUCCUGUUGCCUUGUUAGCGUUUUGUCAAAGGCCUCUGAAGUACAAACAC